UCAACUCCAGUCUAUGUAGGAGUUACUCGUCAAACAGCCAUAUUGGCUGCUGUCCUGUCUUGUCCCUUGAACCAUCCUUUCAGCUUCCUUCUGCUCGAGAGAUUUCAAAGUACAGGAAUUGUCUGAAACAGCACGCGCGUUGGUGCCGGCCUUCGUCCUCUACCGUGAAGACCUCAACCAAUGAUGCCCCUCGUUACGACAACGUGGUCGAUGGCCCUGCCACAGCCUAGUUGCCCGGAUCUCACGCAUCUGAGAUACUAAUGACACGCAACAUGGAUCCUCAAGCAGAACAAGCCACAUGCUCUUGGGAGAUCUCGAUGGGCACGAGACGGCGCUGAUCUUCGAUUCUUGUAGUGGCUGGAAAGUACUACUACACAGGCCUUCUCGUCGGCAUCUACGGAUGGUCUAACGUAGCCCUGCCGAGAAAUCGUAUCAAAUUCACAAUGUACCGCAAACGAAAUGGCUCCUUGGGUUUCUCCUUCACACGCUUCGCUCACGCAGCGGUCCCAAAUUUCUUCGAAGACGAGUCGCCAGUGCGGACGGCCGAUCUGACCGCAUACCGCCGCGACAUGUGCUACAUGCACCAAAUCGCGAGUACGGAUCCGUAUGCGCUGGAUGAGCGGAGCUUCUACGUUGCGGGCGUGGUUGAUAGCGAAAGUGUGAGUAGAAAGGUAUACAAGGCGUUGAAAAAAUACACGAUACUGGGGAACGAUGGGAUCGUGGAUACUCACAAGAUCGGGCCGAGGUUCCCGCAUCAAUUGGCUAUGCUGAACAUACCCAGGCAGAAAGAACUUGUAGGAAUGCUUUUCUGGUGGGAAGAGGAGUGUCAGAGGCUGAGGAAGUUGAACGCUGAAGAGAAAGAGUUGGAUGGCCUGAUCGCUGAUGCGGAGGCCAGAGUCGCGGUGGGUACGGAGGGAGACGACUGUAGCGGACGUAGAGAAGAUGAUCGUGGGGCCAAACUUGCAUUGGACCAGCUGAGAUUCGCAAGGGAGAGGGUGCGGAUGAAGAAGAGACAAAGACCGAGCCAGAGAAGGGUUGAUGUUGAACAGGACAAAGAUGACAUCGUCAUGGCUUUCCACGGUCGAAGCAAGAGCGUGCCCAAUAUGACUGGUCAGCUAUCAGGAAUGACGGACCCAAGCAACGACAUCAACAGAAGGGGAGUUGAAGAGGCACCCAGGGAAGAUCAUGGCCCGCCUCCAGGGUAUCUACCAAGCACUUGAAUUGUCGGCAAGGUGCGACGGACUGUCCUUUUGCCGACCGCCGGUUUUUCAGCGGUUGAAAGACGUAUUAUUAGGCGACUACUUGAACCGCAGAUCAUAUUCCAGUGCAAGGAAAAGAUUCAAAAUAGCCGUACAGGCUUCGAGUAUAGAGCAGGGACUGUACGACUCUCGACUGGGCGCGCACAGAGUCCUUACUCCUCUUCCAACUCUUCCUGCCUCGGUCACUUCACUCAGGGAACGGGACAUGGCCAUCUACCCAUUCGCUCGGUCGAAGAUCAACCCCUAUAAGCUGAGCGAUGUGGGAGACCCAAUGAUAUUGUCACAUUCAUCGUUCAGUGGCAUGACUCUGGCUGGGGACCGUGCCCUCCAAACCUGUCUUUCUGCCUUACCACAAGAUUCGCUGGUUGGCCAAGAACCAGUUCGACUAGCAUGUAGUUGUUGGGAUUAUUGCUACAAUUGAGAAAAGAAAACUGCUUCC